AUUUCCUAUCUCUUAUGGUGUUUACAAAAAUGUUUGUUAUGUCCGUGGUUAUGUCGUUAUGUGCGCGUAUAAAAAAUAACAAAAAAGUUUUGUAUAUUUUCUUAUUUUCUAAUGUUUAACAAUAUAAUUAAAAAUGAGCGACUCUGAAGAUGAAAGUUCGGAUAGUAGCUGUGAUUUUCUUGUGCCAGCUGAGAAAAUCAAUUUAAAUUCAAGUUUCUUUCGUGAAAAAUUAGUACCGAAAUCUAACCUCAAAACUCCGGUGAAAACAAUAAAAACUAUUAAAGAUUCGAAUUCUGAGUCGGAAGAUGAAGAAGAAGAAGAACUGGAAGAUUUUAAACCCGAAGAUGUUGAUAAUGCACAAUCAGCGCAAUUAUUUUCACAAAUUUUAAGUAAUCUCGAAAAAGAAAAGAGUCUUGAAAAUCAAAGAAAGCAAGAGUUUGAUUCACAAAAUGUUACGAAAAAUGAUUCUAAAGAGGAAUCGACGAAAAAUAGAGGUCUUACGAGUGAAAUUAGUGAUCUUUUACUUCAGGGUGAAACUAGUGCAGCAGCAUCCAGUCAUGAUCAACACACCGAUGAUGAGAAUGAGGAAAAAGACGAAAAACCAGAAACUUCUUCAGAGUACACAAUUCCAAAAGAAGGUGUACUGAUAACUCUACCAGGUACAAGUAUAAUGCUUGAAAGAAAAAAAAAGAAAACAGAUAUUGAAACACUUUUGAGAAAUAAAUUAAAUCAACGAAUAAGAACAACUCAAGUUUUAGUUCAUAAAGUUGGAUUACUUUGGUGGCUUGUUUAUGGAUUUCUAUUGAAUCGAAUGGCAAAUGAUCAUGAAACUCUUGCCACAUGUUUAUCUUUAAUUACAAAAAAUGAUUAUCCAAAAGGUCGUGUUGAUCUCAUUUAUUUACAAAGAGUUACCACAUGGUUUAGAAAAACAUUUUCAAUUGCUUCAAAAGAAGAGGAACGUCUUUUAACGAGCGCCUCACUUUUAGAACGAAUUGGAGAGAAAAAAGUUUACAAUUAUCGUGAAUUAGUUCUUCUUUUUAUUGCCCUUUUGCGUGCAAUUGGCUUAAAUUGUCGUCUUGUUGUGAAUAUUUGUCCACCACCUUUAAAACCAACACGCGAACAACUUAUUCCAAUGAAAAAAGAAAAUGAAGAAGAAAAAGAUAAAGAUAAGGUGAAUAAAGUCGAAGAGAAAGGCAAAAAGAAGGAGAAAUCGAAAAAUAGUAAAGCACAAGGAAAAAAAGGUACAAAAUCAAAAAAGACGAAUGAAAAUAAAAAAUCGGAAAAAGAAGAAGAAGAAGAAGAAUCGAAAAAAAUACUUUUGGAUAAUAGUCCAGAGGGUAGAAAAAAUGCAGCGAUUGAAGCGCGAAAAAAAGCGGCUGCCAUUUUAAAAAAAGGCAAAACUGAAAAAAAAAGUAAAGAGAAUGAAAAAACUAAAAGCAAUUCAAAAAUUAAUGACAAAAUAAAAGAAUCGGAGAAAGAGAAAAUUAAAACGCCACUUGCAAAAAGAUUAAGAAAUCGUUUACAAAAAGAAACUGUAGCAACAAUAGAAACAGAUUCUGAUGAGGAUUUUAUUCCCCAAAAAAAGAAAAAUGAAAUUAAUAAGAAUAAAGUAAUACAAAAAAAUCGUAAAUUAAUUUCUACCGAUGAUGAAAAUCAAGAGGUGAAAAAAGCAACUGAAGAUAUUUGGGUUGAAGUUUAUGUAGAUUCGGAAAAAAAUUGGAUUCCAAUUAGUAUUCCAUCGGCAAAAAUUAAUUGUGUUAAGGAAAUAUUCAAAAAAGCCAUGGAUCCUGUACUAUAUAUUGUUGCUUAUAAUACUGAAGGUAAAGUAAAAGAUGUGACUCGUAGAUAUUGUCCAAAUUGGAUGACAGUCACGAGAAAGCAGAGAGUUGAUGAAAAUUGGUGGAGUGAAUCUUUACAACCAUGGAAAGAACAAGAUUCUGCGAUAUCAAAAGCCGAGGAUGAUUUACUUCUUAAAAGAGAACUGGAGCAACCUCUUCCAAAAACAAUGACCGAAUGUAAGGGGCAUCCACUUUAUGCUCUCGCAAGGCAUUUAUUGAAAUUCGAAGCAAUCUAUCCACCUGACGCUGUACCAUUGGGUUAUUUAAAAAAUGGCGAGGGUAUUUAUUCACGUUAUUGUGUACACACAUUGAGAUCACGUGAAACAUGGAUAAAAUUUGCGAGAGUCGUUAAACCAGCUCAGGAACCAUAUAAAAUUGUCAAAUCAAUGCCUAAAUACGAUAAGUUUACGGGAACAAAAAUAAAAAAUUUACCUCUUGAAAUUUUUGGAAAAUGGCAAACUGAUCCCUACGUUCCACCCGCAGCAAAAGAUGGUAAAGUUCCUAGAAAUGAAUAUGGAAAUGUGUAUUUAUUUAAAAUGUCAAUGCUUCCCAAAGGAACUGUUCAUAUUGAUCUUCCUGGCUUGAAUCGUGUGGCUAAGAAAUUGGAUAUUGAUUGUGUCCCAGCUGUUGUUGGCUUUAAUUUCUCAGGUGUUGGAUCACAUCCGGCUUUUGAGGGUUAUGUGGUUUGUGAAGAAUACGAAGACGCAUUGAGAAAUGCUUGGGAAGAGGAACAAAUUCAAGCAGCAAAACGUGCAACAGAAAAACGAGACAAGAGAAUUUAUGGAAAUUGGCGAAAACUCAUAAAUGGUUUAUUAAUAAGAGUGCGGCUGGCCGCAAAAUAUUCUGCACAUAAACAUGCCGAGAGCGAUGAUUCUGAUGAUGAACGAGUUGCCAUCAUUAGAGAUAAGAUACAAUCAAAACGAAAGAACAUAUCCGAGGAGGAGACGGUGAAGGAAGGGGAGAAGAAAUUAAAGUUAACGAAAAAUGUUAAUUCUGUGAAAAAAAUGUCCAUUGAGAAAGAAGUAGCAACAACUUCGAGAUCAUCAAAACGAAAAGUUUUAAGAAAAAAAAUAGUUGAUGACGAAGAUGAUGAUGAUGAUGAAGAAAAUGAGUCCGACUUUGAGGUAAAAAUACCUAAAAGAGAAAUUAAUUCGCUGAAAUCUUCAAAAACAACGAAACGAAGUGCUGCAAAAAAACCAGUUAUUAGUGAUGAUGAUGAUGAUGAUGAUAAAUUCGAAGAAGAUUUUGAAGAAAGUGAACCAGAAUUUGAGACAAAAAAAAAACCUAAAAAAGAAACAAAAUCACAAAAAUCUUUAAAACCAUCGAAACGAAAUGUGUCAAAAAAACAAAUUGAUGAUGAUGAAAAUGAUGAUUCGGAUUUUGAGGUUAAAAAGCCUAAAGUAUUAACAAGAUCACAGAAAAAAAAAGUUUGAAAUCAUUUUGAUAUUUCAAUAUUAAUUUCGAUAAAUUGUGAAUUGAAUGAGUGAUUUUUAGUGAAAAAUAAUUUUGCAUAUUCACUCUAUUCAUAAUUUAUCAAAAUUAUUAAUCUUAAAAAAAAUCGUUAAAUCGUUUGAGUAAUUAAUCUUAAACGUUAUAUUAUUAUUAUUAUCAUCAUCAUCAUCAUCAUCAUCAUCGCCGUUACGUUAACAACUUUACAUUAUCAGUAUUUUUUUUGUAAUUUUAAACAGUUCUUUAGAAUAAGAAACAAUUUUUAUUGUACAGUUCUGCUGAAAAAUGCUUUCCGUUUAUUUAUUGCUUUAUAUUUUUGUGUGUAUUGUUUAAAAAAACAAAUCAAGAAUUCGAAUUGUACAGUUCAAUAAAAAACAAAUAUUUUUUCUACUUUCACUUAUUUAUCAAUUUUUUAUAAAUAAACAUAUAUCUAUUUAAAAUUUU